GUGAAAGCACUGAGUUCGCGCCAAUCAUGAAAGUUGAACCGCACUGACUACUGUCUUUAAUUCCGGUGAUUUGAAUUCGGGGAGAUACAUCUUCCAUACGGCUUUAGUUAUGUUUCAGGUGAUGACCAGUUCUGUCUGUGGCUUGACAGCCGGUACUUGUUAGGUUGCUUUAGCUAAAGAGCUCGUUUACUAAUCUGCUAAUGUAGCCAGCUAGCAAGCUGCGCGAGCCUGCUGAAAAACGAUGCCUCCCCUGACUUUGAAAGGGAUAAAUGUGGAUUUCCCUUUCACCCCAUACGAAUGUCAGAAGGAUUAUAUGAGCAAGGUGAUUGAGUGUCUACAAAACAAGGUAAAUGGGGUUCUGGAGAGUCCGACAGGCACGGGCAAAACCCUAUGCCUUCUGUGUGCCACCCUUGCCUGGAAGGACUACUUCAAAGACACCAUUUCUGCCAGGAAGAUAGCAGAAAAAAUGGGAGGAGCAGAGCUUUUCCCCAACACACCAUUGGCAUCGUGGGGGACCACUGCAACAGAUGGAGACACAACAACUUAUUAUACUGAUAUUCCAAAGAUCAUUUAUGCAUCCAGGACACAUUCUCAGCUGACCCAGGUCAUUAAUGAGUUAAAGAACACUUCCUACAGGCCCAAAGUGUGCGUGUUAGGAUCCAGGGAGCAGCUUUGUAUUAACCCGGAGGUGAUGCGUCAGGAGAGCAACCACCUUAAGGUUCACAUGUGUAGGCAAAAGAUAUCCACCAGGUCUUGCGUCUUCUACAACAAUGUUGAAGAGAAGAGCAUGGAUAAAGACCUGGUGAACUCCAUUUUGGAUGUUGAAGAUCUGGUGAAAGCUGGCAACAAGCAAAGGGUCUGCCCAUACUACCUCUCACGUUCCUUGAAACAGCAGGCAGAAAUCAUAUUCAUGCCUUACAACUAUCUCCUGGACCCAAAGAGUCGCAGGGCGCACAACAUCGAGUUGAAAGGGGCAGUGGUCAUUUUCGACGAAGCGCAUAACGUGGAAAAGAUGUGUGAGGAGUCCACAUCCUUUGACCUCACUCCCUACGACCUGGCAUCAGCUAUUGAUGCUGUGGACAAGCUGCUAGCGGAGCAGGCCAAAGAGGCCGGGCGAGGAGACGUCUCAGAGGACUUCAAUAUGGAAUCCAUAAAUGGGGGUUUGAAAUUGGACAUAACCACCAUUGCUAAAAUAAAACAGAUACUUCUCGAUCUGGAGGCGGCCAUUGAUUCUUACGACGUGCCGGACAAGGGGAUCACCAAACCUGGAAGCUUCAUCUACGAGUUGUUCCAAACGGCUCACCUCACAUUUGACACAAGGACGCCCAUCUUUGAAGCCCUGGAGCAGAUCACUGGAUAUCUGGCUGGAAAACCAGGCAUAUUCAUGAACACAACUGGAUUACAGAAGUUGGCGGACAUAAUUCAGCUGGUGUUCUGCGUUGAUACACAAGAGGGCAACAAAGGUGCAAACAUGCCGCUCAACAUGCAAUCCAGCACCACUAAAUUUAAGGUCCAUAUCCAUAAAGACACCAGCCAUCAUAAGAAAAAACAAAAUACUGAUGUGUGGUCUUCAUCUUCCUCCAAAAAACAAGGAAAUGUUCUGAGUUACUGGUGCUUCUCGCCUGGGUUCAGCAUGCAGGAGCUGGUGAGGCAGGGCGUGCGCAGCAUCAUCCUCACCAGCGGGACCCUCUCCCCUCUGUCCUCAUUUACCUCCGAAAUGGAAAUUCCCUUUCCAGUAUGCCUGGAGAACCCCCAUGUGAUUCAGCAUGAUCAGAUCUUUGUCAGCAUAAUUGACCGCGGUCCAGACAGCGUGCAGCUCAGCUCAGCAUUUGACCGCAGGUUUGUCCCUGAAAACAUGGCAUCUUUAGGGAACACUGUUGUGAAUCUGGGCCGCGUUGUCCCUCACGGUUUGCUGGUGUUCUUCCCCUCUUACCCUGUGAUGGACAAGACUCUGGAGUUCUGGAGGGCAAACGGGCAUGCCGACCGCAUUGAAAACAUAAAGCCCAUGUUUGUGGAGCCCAGGGGAAAGGGGACGUUCACGGAGAUAAUUGAUGGUUAUUAUGACAAAGUCAAUGACUCGAAAUCUAAAGGGGGCAGCUUCUUUGCGGUCUGUCGGGGAAAGGCCAGCGAGGGCCUGGAUUUUGCUGACACGUAUGGCCGAGGGGUCAUAAUCACUGGCCUCCCGUUCCCGCCCCGCAUGGACCCCCGGGUCAUUCUGAAGAUGCAGUACCUGGACGAGAUGUGCAGGAAGAAGACCCCCGGGGUGCAGUACCUGUCGGGGCAGAACUGGUAUAGACAGCAGGCGUCCAGGGCAGUGAACCAAGCUAUUGGAAGAGUCAUUCGCCACCGUGAUGACUACGGGGCUAUCUUCUUGUGCGACCACAGGUUCAAAAGCACAGACGCACGUGCCCAGCUACCCUCAUGGAUAAGGCCCUACGUGCGCACUUACGACAACUUUGGAAAUGUGGUCCGUGACGUGGCGCAGUUCUUCAGAGUUGCACAGAAACAUAGGCCUCCUCCAGAGAAGAAGCCUGCAAAGGGGAGUUGUGGUGGGGCGGUACACUCUGCAGAUGCCCAGUGUGUCAGCGCCGGACCCUGCCACUCCUCCGAGAGCUCCACCAAGGGAGGUUUCGCCCAGAAGGCCAAAGUACUGGACUCCCACGUGCCCAGUCUGAAGAGGCGACGGCUGAAUGAGCAUGGCGGCAGUGAGGGGAACGGCAUGGCUAGGCUGUGCAUCGAAUACGAAACGGAGAUGGAGGUGAGCCGGAGGAGGCCGGCCGGCCUGCUAGACGCCCUGGAGCACAGCGACAGCCGCUAUGGAGAUGAAGUCGUCGAGGCCCUAGGGGGCGAGGAGAGGGCUAAUCGCAUAUCCACGCUGUCUCUUCAGUACGACAAGCGUAUGGAUGACGAAUUGCGUGGUGGAAAACGAAAAAUCAAAGUCGUCCAAGAACGGAAAAUCCCUCUGUCUCCUAAUGUGUCAGAGGAGGGCAAAGCGGGGAAAGCCAAGUCGUUCCUGACGGAAAUGAAAAAGUCGCUGAGUCAGGUGAAUUUCCAGCGAAUAAUGGCGGCCCUGCAGACGUACAAACAGAUGGAUGACCUUGACAAACUGCUGGCCGAGGCAGCCGACCUCUUCACCGGGGACACAAACACCUACAACCUGCUCCGAGGAUUCUACCAGUUCAUACGACCCCACCACAAGAAGAGAUUUGAUGAGAAGUGUGUGGAGCUGACUGGCCAGGGCUGUGGCUACAAACCCGAUCACUCGCUCUCCAAGGAGGAGAAAGAAACGCUGAUGCAGAACGGGGCCAAGCCGGGAAAGCUGACGAGUGUUGCUUCUGAUUCAAGCUCCUCCUGCAGUCAGCUCAACGCCAGUCUGCUGCUUAAUAAAGGUGGCCAUCACCUUGGAAUCCACGGAUUGACUACAGAGGAGCAUUUGCCAAAGAAUAAAGUGCUUACAGUUGAUGAUCCUAAAUGCGAAGGCCAAGCACCAGUCCAGUCUGCUCAGAAGAGUCAAAUCUACGCCAGUUUCAUAGCGGAUGUGAAAAAAUCCAUUGGACUUGAGAAGUCCAACCAACUGUUCUCAGCUAUUCAGAGCUAUAAGAAGACCGACAACUAUGAUAGCCUGGUGGGCACAGUAGUGAGUUUGUUAACUGAGAAAACGAAGACUUUAACCUCCUUAGCAGUAACAUUUGCCCUGUUCAUUCGGCCUCACCAUAAGAAACAGUACAAAGAGAUGCUGGAUGCCUUGAUAGGUGACUCCACAGGCUCAAGUGCUUCCUCUGGGAUUUCAGGCCAACUAAUAAAAGGUGAAUGUACAAUUCUCAAGUGCCUUCAAGAGAGAAUAACUUGUAGCAAUUCAGGAGAAGUCCUUGUAUUGUCAGCACUAUUGUAACCACUAGUGAGCAUAAAGUCUAUAUAAGUAAUUAUUGAACCCAUUAUUUUUGUUUAACAGGUGUUGUUAAUUAACACUUUGGUAGUGUUAAACAGCUGGUUUGCAAUAAUGACAAUUUUAAUGUAAUAAUGUAGUAAUGUGAUUAAAUGUAAUUUAACAACGUUAGAGUUGAAAAAGGCAUAUAAAAGAUGUGAACACAUUAACAGAAUUUUACAGUGUCAACCAUUUUUCAAUGCACUUUUGGGUCUCUUUCAGUUUCAGCGCCUGGGAAAGCACAAAGGAAGAUCUCCUCUUUCUUUCCCAGCAGCCAAAGGAAAUGAAAGCUGUUGGAAAUGGAGCCUCUAAGAAGAAUCCCCCUACUCUGAUGCUGCUAGCUUUUUAUUGUAUGGAAAUUGUGGUAAAAACUGAGGGUUUUGUGGUGUUGUAAUAAAUGCAUGCAGAUUAUGGUAAUAUUUUCCCAACAUAUUUUAUAACUUUUUUUAUUAAACAAAUGUUGAUGUGA